CAACGUCUCCAGUUCUUAGUUCAGAACAGGCCUGAAUGUUGGGUUUAUUCCAUUUUCUGGCGAGCCUCCAAAGACAGCAAUGGCCAAGUUGCUUUGUCAUGGGGUGCCGGAGAUUUCCAAAUCGACAGAGACUUGUCAUCCAAAACAACCAACAAGGUGACCAAUAAUUACCAACCCAAAUUUGGGUUAGCCAAGAAGUUGACUAGCAGAGAAGCUGAAGAAGCUCUUUUCGAUGAAGACAUGCUGGACUUGGAGAUGAGGAUGGUGGAUCAUGGAGAUGUCACUGGAUCUGAGUGGUUUUACUUUUACAGUGUUUCUUUAACCCAGUCGUUUGCUGCAGGCCAUGCCACCAAGAAUAUUCUGGGCCGAGCAUUUUGUUCUGGUGGUUUUGUUUGGCUUGCAGGUAUUCAUGAGCUUCAGUUUUAUGAGUGUGAGAGAGUGAAAGAAGUUAGAAUGCACGGAAUUCAAACUUUGGUUUGCAUUGCAACUUCUUGUGGGGUGCUCGAGCUGGCCUCUGUGGAUGUGAUCAAAGAAGAUUGGGGCCUUGUGCACCUAUCAAAAUCACUCUUUGGAUCAGAUAACAACAGGGUCUCGCAGCAGGGCAGCCGUGACGGCGAUGUGCUUGUUCCACCCCCAGAAAAUUUGAUGUUUUUAGGAGUUCAAAAAGAGCUAACCAGGCAAGAAUGUGGUAGAAAAGAAGUAGCACCUAUCAAUAUAGGCCGGUCAUCACCAGAGUCACCUUCUGAUUCUAUUGGCAAUUUCAUCUCUGAGAAUAUAGCGAAGCCUCGUUCGAAAAAGAGAGGGAGAUCGUUAACCAAUGGAGCUAGUAGAGAAUCGGCAUUGUUAAACCAUGUUGAGGCAGAGAGGCAGAGGAGAGAGAAGCUUAAU